UCCUCAUCCCCUCCCCUCCCCUCUCCUCUCCUCUCCUCAGUCAUCCACCCGCCCCAUUCAGGCACACACACGGUGGAUGUGCUACCAACGCUCCUCUCUUUCGCCAGUUUAAUACAGAUACGUGGAUAUUUCCGACCUCUGCAAAAGACUAACGGACUGAGGGCGAAAUAAAGAACAAAAGCAGCUGUCAAUCUUCAGCAUCUCCUCUCUAAAAGCUCUUUAAGGCAUCACUUCUUCCACUUCCCAUCAGUCUCCAGCUCCCCCCCGACUCCCCUUCCUGACCCCCGGCUUCCCCGAUGCCUAAAAACAGCAAGGUGACGCAGCGCGAGCAAAGCCAUGAGCACGUCACAGAGUCUGUGGCUGACCUGCUCGCGCACGAGGAGUCGCUGGACUACAAGAACAGCUCGCUGAACGUCGGCGCCGUGGCCGGAAAGAAAGCACCGCAGAUAGAGGUGCCGGAAAGCGACGGACGCCCGGCCUGGAACAGCAAGCUGCAGUACAUCCUGGCGCAGGUGGGCUUCUCUGUGGGCCUAGGGAACGUGUGGCGUUUCCCCUACCUGUGCCAAAAGAAUGGAGGAGGCGCUUACCUCGUCCCUUACUUCAUUCUCCUGCUUGUCAUCGGCAUCCCGCUCUUCUUCCUGGAGCUGGCUGUGGGUCAGAAGAUCCGACGCGGGAGUAUUGGAGUGUGGAACUACGUCUGCCCACGUCUGGGCGGGAUCGGGAUGUCGAGUUUGAUGGUGUGUGGCUUUGUGGGGCUCUACUAUAAUGUGAUUAUAGGUUGGAGCAUCUUCUACUUCUUCCAGUCCUUCCAGUAUCCUCUGCCAUGGAGCGACUGUCCUAUUAGGAAGAAUGGGACGCUUGCCAUUGUGGAACCAGAGUGCGAGAAGAGUUCGGCCACCACUUACUUCUGGUACCGCCAGACCCUGAACACGACCAGCACCAUCGCAGAGAGUGGCGGUCUCAACGUGAAAAUGACUUUAUCUCUGCUGGCCGCCUGGAUCAUCGUCUGCCUUGCCGUCAUUAGAGGGAUCGCCUCUUCUGGGAAAGUGAUGUACUUCAGCUCCCUUUUCCCCUACGUGGUUCUCUUCUGCUUCCUGGUCAGAGGGUUGAUGCUGAAGGGAUCCGUGGAUGGCAUUGCUCACAUGUUCACUCCAAAGCUGGAGAAGAUGCUGGAGCCCCAGGUGUGGAGAGAGGCGGCCACCCAGGUGUUCUUUGCCCUGGGUCUGGGCUUCGGAGGAGUCAUCGCAUUCUCUAGCUACAACAAGAUAGACAACAACUGCCACUUUGACGCUGUGCUCGUCUCCUUCAUCAACUUCCUCACGUCCAUCCUGGCGACACUGGUGGUGUUCGCCGUACUGGGCUUCAAGGCCAACAUCAUGAACGAGAAGUGUGUCGUAGACAACGCUGAGAAGAUUGUGGGAUACCUCAACUCAAAUGUGCUGAGUCAUGAUCUGAUCCCCCCGCACGUCAACUUCUCUCACCUCACCACCCCCGACUACGCCGAGAUGUAUCAAGUCAUCAAGACAGUGAAAGAGGGCAGCUUCUCCCAGCUGGGUCUGGAUCCUUGCAUCCUGGAGGAUGAGCUCAACAAAGCUGUUCAGGGCACCGGUUUGGCUUUCAUCGCUUUCACAGAAGCCAUGACACAUUUCCCCGCUUCGCCGUUCUGGUCCGUCAUGUUCUUCUUCAUGCUCAUCAACCUCGGACUGGGCAGCAUGAUCGGCACCAUGACUGGCAUCACCACGCCUGUCCUCGACACCUACAAGGUGCAGAAGGAGCUUUUCACAGUGUGUUGCUGCAUUGUGGCUUUCCUGUGCGGCCUGCUGUUUGUUCAGCGCUCAGGGAAUUACUUUGUCACCAUGUUUGACGACUAUUCCGCCGGCCUGCCUCUUACUGUGGUGGUCAUCCUGGAAAAUGUGUCGGUGGCUUGGAUUUAUGGCACUAAAAGAUUCAUGCAAGAUUUGGAGGACAUGUUGGGUUUCCGGCCUAAUGUGAUCUACUUUUACUUGUGGAAGUACGUCUCCCCAAUCUGCCUAAUCGUGCUCAUCUCGGCUUCUGUCAUAGAGAUGGCUAUCAGCCCACCUGGAUACAACGCAUGGGUGCAAGAACUGGCUCAGGAGCGCUUCCAGAGCUACCCCACGUGGGCAUUAGUCAUGUGCUUUGCGCUCAUUGUGGUGGCCAUGCUUCCUCUCCCCAUCGUCUUCAUCGCCCGUCACUUCAACCUGAUGUCAGACGGCUCCAACAAGCUGUCUGUCUCCUACCGUAAAAGCAUGAUGAAGGACAUCUCCAACCUGGAGGAGCAAGACGAGUCCAAGUUCAUCCUCCGCGCCAAACCCGGCGAUGUGCCUGCUUCAUUGGCGGCCCGCAAAGCCUACUUGGCUCCCAGUGGAAACAAACCCCUGGACCCAAACUCCUUGUCUCCUAAAAACUGCUAUGGUACGGGCUAUCAGAAUGCCGCCAUCAGCCCUACCACACCAACCACUCCUAUAACACCUGAAUCUGACUUUUAAUUCUAUCAUCCACUAGUCUAGUUUACCUUCACGAGGGGGCCAAGAAUCCCCACCACUGCCCUCAACAACAACAACAAAAAAAGCAUAUUUACAAAGCUGCAAAUCACUGAAUUCAUGCACUUAAGAUAACAUUUCCUUUGCCUUAGCACAAGGAACCUCAGAGUUUAAUGACGCACCACUCACUACUACUAAGGCGAAGACCACCCAGACAAAGGCUGUCUUGACUUUGUGUUGUGCAACACAGACAAGGUUAUCUAAUGCAGUGAUGUCCGUGUGUGCACACAUGGCAGCGCCUCUGCACAAAAAUAAUACUUGUAUAUAUUUGCAAAGCUCUUAUUGUGUAUCAUAAACUACAGUACUGUCUGCUCAUAUUCACUGUAUAUCCUCAAAUAGUGGCCGAGCAGUGUUUCCCAACCUUUAUCGAGCCAAGGCACAUAUUUCACAUUAGAAAAAUCUCAAGUCACACCACAAAACAAAAAUGUCACACAAAGUACAUAUAUGCUGAAGUAAUGAUGAUCAAUUUACGCACAAAUUUACUUAGUAUGAAAUUUGGGCCUGUUUAGUUGAACACAAAGCUGUUAUUCUGUUAUAUGAAGAUACUGUAAUUGUACCUUCUGUCAUCUAGUGAAAAAGCAUUGAAUUGCUCUGUCUGUCACUAUAUGUCGCUGGCAUAGACAGUAGUAAAUAAAUAAUUUUUGGACCAAUUAAAAGUCAAAUUGGAACACCUGAUCAUCUCUUAAGGUACAAAGAAUGUUUUUACUCAACUGUAGAGAGUGUGAUGCAUCUACAGGGAGGUCUUCAGUUUACGACGGGUCCAUACGAUGUUUCUAGAUUACAAAUGGCACACAAUGAACUCGUUUGCACAGCAGCAUAAGAAUAUGUCAAGACACAGCACAAGAAGAAACAGUUAAUACUACUUCAUGUUUUACAUUUGAUUGUGUUAUAUUCAUGGCUUAAAGUGUUAUUCAUUCAUCUAUUUACUGUAAAUAUGACUUGACUACCAUGUUAUCUGAGCGAGGUUAGUGUUAAGAGUUCCGAGAUACAUACAAAUUAAACGGGGGACCCCUUGUAUUGGGGGUAAGCUGUUUAUAAGGGAGGUUUGUGAAAAAUUCAUGGCACUGGCAUUUAUUUGAGGUUCGGUAUUCAUUUAUUCAAGUGGAGUGUCUACUAAAGGAGAAGCCACUAUUUUAGGAUCUACGGUAUUUCUUUUCACUUCUGCGUCGAGUCUGUAUAUGGUUUAUGUUCAAGGGAUGGACCUACUGUAAUACAAUGAACAGUGCACACUAACAGUCAUAUCAUCAUCCAUUACACUUCAUCACAUUAAUUCCAUUUUAUACACCAAAAUUAGAGGCACACAGCAAAACACUUGAAACGUGAAUGUUGCAAUAGACUUCUUCAAAAGCACAAAAGAGUUUCCACUUAACUGUGCACUAGAAUGCAGUAACGAUUAUCUAAAAGCACCAAUUUUCCUUUUUAAUUCAACUAUGACACACAAUAAAUUACUGAACCUAAUCUCUGACCAGUGGUUGCAGCACUGUGUAUACAGUACACGCACAAUCAGUGCUCUGCUGACACACUAAGGCAGUUACCGAAGCACAAAUUAUAUCCAAAUGUUGUCUAAAAACUAUUCAAUACACAAAUUGCAGCACUUGAGUGACAAUUCCAAUCUGUUGUAAACGUAUUACAUUUGUCACCAAAAACAUCAAGUGUGAAUGGUUAAAUAAAGAUGGCUGUUUGAUUUCUGUACCCACUGCUAGUGCAUCGUUGAAGAUUGUACACUAGCACAUCUUCUGUUACAUAUAUCUUUAUUUUCUUAACCCAUAAUAUUCAAACCUGUGCUGUUAUUAAAAUGAUUAUAUUUAUAUUCCUGUAUAUUUACGGUAUAUGUAGAUGUGAUGAAUAAUAUCUUCUUGAUGAUGUAUAUUUUCAUCUUAAUUGUACAUUUAAAGACUAUUUUUGAGUUUGUGUACAUGAUGUUGACUGGUGGAGGUGAUGUUUGUCACACUCAGGCCUAACGUGACUUUUUCCAUCUCGGAAAAAGAUCCAAGGAAAGCAAAGAUUGUAUUUACUUGCACCAUCCAUUGUUUAUCUUCCAGUGUGUGAUUAUAGUAAAUAUAGUCUCACGGGGCACUUUUGUGUGGCUAAAAAAGUUAAUUUUGCAUCUAAUUUUCUAUAGAAUUUCUCAGUGUGGAAAAUAGAGAUUGCAAAAUUCUGCAAUAAUGUAAAUACUGACAUUUAAAACAUUUUGUUCAAAAUAUUGAUUUUAUUCAGGUGACGUAUCAGUCUGAUCAGUAAGUCUUUCAUCACAGAAUAAUGAAUGUUAUGAAUACACAAUGAGAUACAAACUUGUAUGUUUUAUGUUGUCCUCAUAGAAGUCUGUGCAAAAGAAAUAAAACUGCAAAAUAAAUGUGGCUACAGGGAAAACGUGAUAGAAAUGAUCUGAUGCAAUUUCAGCCAAAUAGAUAUCCUUUUCUUGUU